AUGUCUUUCAAACCUCAAUACGACGGAGUUCCUCAACCUUCCCGUCCAGGCUUGGCUCCGAGGCCUCUGGCUGCGGAAAAUAGCGAACGUUAUAUUCUGAUACUUGUGGAAAAGCUACUUCUGCAGGAUCGACAGGCCAAGCAAUACCAGGGAAUGUUGGAGUCUAGAAUUUAUAACGACUCUGCCGCUUAUUUAAAGCUUCGCUCGUAUUGCAACGAGCUCGAGAAGCUCAAUGCCGGCCUCGGAGCUAAACAAGGCGAUCAUGAAAGAUCUCUUCGUCGCGUCUCAGAAGCGUGCCAGGGCAUGGCACGCGACCUUGCAUUGGAAAGAACUCGAUCGAAAGAACUUGGAGAACAUCUGAAUGAAAUCUACCCAAGCCUCGAGGCUCUACUUACGAAUGUGAAAUCAGAGUCGUCUCAGCGCUAUGAAACCAAUUCCCUAGUCGGACUCCAGCAAGAGAAUGACUAUCAACGUGGAUUGAUUGCUUGCCUCCAGUCUACUUUGCGCAUGCGGGACGAGAUGAUUGAGGAGCUGCAAAUAUCAUUGGAUGAUGCCAUUCAGGGGACUUUGGGCGGUAAUGGAGAUGAGACACCGCGGCAAUCAAAGUCCCGAGCCUGGAGUGACGGUGGUUCAGAUGGCUCUGUUGAAAUAAUCACAGAGAGUGCCUGUUCACCAAUGCCAAAGGAGGAACCAAUGGAACUAUGA